AUGGGAGUCCUGGGAAGCGCAGUCAUCCCGAUAACCACUAUGACCAUGGUGAUGCCUCUGAAGAAAUACCCCGGGCACCGGCAGGAAGGUCAAGGCUCUAAGGAGCGAGUCCAGCUACUCUCUCCCAUCCACACAAUCGCACCGUCCUUGUUAGAAGACUUGCUCGACAAGAUCGAUCUCGUCUCGACGGGGAUCGGCAUCCUUCCAACCUCCCAACGAGAACUGCUCAACCAUUUAGAUGACAAUACGUACAGCGACUUCAAAUGGACUCGGCGAAGGGGCGUCAGUGAUAUAUACUUUUCAGACCAGCGCAAGGACCUUGGCUGCACCCCUCCUCCCGAGACCAUCCACAAGAUCCUCCAUCAAGCGGCUUUUUGCAACAGCAGAAGCAGCCCAGAGGCGGACUGGAAUGCUGAAGUUUACCAUCGAGUUCUCGAAGCAGCCUUGAGGCCUUUGCAAGGGCCCGGAGUAGACCAACUAGUCGAUUUUAGGCUGAGUACUACUGCGGUUUUGAUCAAAGAGUACUAUGCUCCUGUUUCGGCCACCAAGAAAGUUGACUUUUGCAUCUACCUCGAUCCGAGUUGCGACCAACAACAUGCGGAUGCACCGCAGGUCAUCAACGCCCUCAGGGACGUUUUGCCACUCGGAGCGUUUAACCACACCAACUUGAAUUCCCUUUCUGAUAGACCCAUUGCCGUAAGCAUUGAAACUAAGAAGACGGGCGAAGGCUGGGAAAACCCGAGGCUACAGAUGCAAGUGUGA